AUGAGUGAGUGCAUGUUGUCCUCUUGGCCAUACCACAGACACUGCUGUACAGUGCCAGUACAAGCUAAAUCCAUGCACAGAAAUGUCAUGGUUAAUCCCAGUUCCAGCUGCAGUGGCUGUUUCUUAGUGCAUCCUUCAUGCGGCAUUAGCCCAUUUCUCAUAACAAGAUGCUCAUGCCUCAGCUACUGUCCCUUUCUUUCUGAUGCAAAACAUAGGACAGGAAAGAAUUUGGAGAGAUCACUGGAUGCUGGUAGUCCUGUUCUGGCAAAAAAGGAAGGUGACUGUUAUUAUUACCAAGGCACAAUCAUAACAGAUAUAGAGGAAGGUGAGAAAAUAUCAUUUCUGGUACAGUGUGCAGUGGGGGAAGAUACACCUUGUGUGCAGAAAAUAGCCCGCAGUGAUAUCCUUGAGUGUGUGAAUGGAAUGAGACACUCUAUCCUGCCAGGUGACAAAGUGAUGGCCCCCUGGGAACCAGAGCGGAAGAGGUACGGCCCUGGCACCGUCCUCCAAGGCAUGGAGACCAGAGAUCCCCUGCGAGGAAAAGAAGAUGAGGAAAUUACAGUCAGCUUUUGGAAUGGCAAGAAAGCCAAAGUCCCAUUAGGCCUUGCCUUGUGGAUUCCUUCAGGGCAGUGGGAGAGGAUUGUAGAGAUGAUCCAUAUUCCCUACACAAGCAGGAAGCAGUCUGAGCGGCAGCUUCAGAGGCCUGGCUACUACAAUUGUUCAUGUGGGACUAUUCCAACCUGUGCUUCGGGUGAUUUCCAAAGGUGUGGGGGCACCCACUGCUCUUUUAUCUGUCCUUGCUAUAGUGGUUUUCAUCACACAUGCUCAUUGCUUAGACAUAGGCAAUGUGUCUCCUGCUGCUGCUCCUGUAAAUACAGUGGCUGUUGGUCGCGGCCCUCUUUAGCUGAAUUAAUCUCUGGAGAUUUUAAAAAAGAGUUCACUAAUACACCUACAACACCAUGCUUACCAAUAGAAGGCUCCCCCAAAGUAGAACAUGCUGCUGUGCUAACCAGCUCUUCCUCAUCCUCCUCAGGUUCUCAGUGUGAAAGAGAAAAACGUGUGACCAAGAGCACAAUGAUAGAUCAUGCAGUGAACACAGAUUCUAGUCUUUUUGAAAAUCCCACGUCAGAGGAAAUCAGAAGACCAGAGUGGAGGUACUGGAAGAGAAGCCAUCCCAGAAAGGGCAAUAACCACUUAUACUAG